AUGAACAAACUGGAACCACCACCUCCUACGCCAGCCUACGAUGCGUCCGCUCUCUUGAUCCAGCCAUCGCCCCUCCUUACCUCGUCCUUACAUUCUCGGAAUUCAGCAAGCUCAGCUCAGGAAUCUGCAUAUCUGCGACAGGCGAAAUGGCUUCGCUGGACCCGAACUGGGCUGGCCAUCCUGACCACUGCCACCGCCACCGCUGCCAUGGGCUGUGAGGGACAUGUUUUGCACAGCUAUAACAACACGCACAUGGGCUCGAAGUGGCAUCUACCUCCGCUGUGGCCAACGGAUGUGGAUGUGAGACCGACUUUGGCCAUUUUGAUCUCGUCCACCCUCAUCCUUGUCCUCAGUCUGAGCUAUUUGAUCGUGUCACUUAUUCCAACGCCUUACUCCCGCACACUAUUGUACAACCUCCUCUUUUUUGCGUCUUCGCUGGCAGGUGUCAUCUUAUCUGUAUUCGCCAUCCCUUUCAACAGCCUCCUCACCAACCCCACAUCUCACCAUCACCGGGAUUCGAUCCAGUCGUGGACAUGCAAAUUCUCGCACGGCGCCUCGCAAUUCAUGGCCGAUGCCCACUCCCUGCAGAUUCCAGUAUACGUGACCCACGGCAUGCCGAUCCCUGCGGGCUUCAAGAGAUUGUGCAUGGAGAGUGAGGUGAGUCAGGGGUUGAUGGCAUUACUGCUGGCUCUUGAGGUGUUGAAUGUGGGCGUCGCCGUUGUGGGCGUAUUAUUGGAGAGGAGCAUGACGAACAGAAGGACGCAGAGGUAUGCUGAGAAGAACGAGAGGCAAACGGUAUAUUCAGAGAAGCGAUAG